CAAUCCCAUGCCAAACACCCCUCAAUGUUUCUCGAUAAGGGUUUAGGGUUUAUAGGAGUUGCGAAAAUGGCGAUGAUGAUGAAAGGGUUUAAGAUUUCGAAGCUAAUUUGUUUCACCAUUUCUGAUUACAGUCGUCAGCACCAAUCUCUUGGUCGAACUCGUCAUCAUGUAGAUUCGCCAUUGUUCAGAUUGUUUUCUUCUUCAUCAUAUAAUAAUAGGUCUAACGAUGGUGGUCGACCACCACCACCAAGACGACGCUCCGGCAGCACAUCAGAUCGUCCGCCAUCUUCAUCACGACUUUCUGGUUUCAUUGACGGUAAUGAUGACCGCGGCGCCGGUGACAAUAGGGGACGAGGACACGGAGGUGGAAGAAGGGAUUUUGACACCAACCGGAAACCUAAUUACCAAAAUCAUGGUGAGUAUAGGCCGAGUAACAGAGCAUCAUAUGAAGUAAACAAUACCGAUCAUCGAAAAUCAGAAAGUAAUAGCUGUUAUGUCCCAUUUGAUGAUGAUGAACAGAAACCCCCAAUUUCCCCUCGUCGAGGAGUUAACGAUAAUAAGAUUCAGGAUGUUGAUGGGUUUCUCGAUAGGUUUAAGCUUGGAUUUGAUCAAGAAAACAAGCCAAAUUCUGACAAAUUGGAUAGCAGCAGGGGUACCGGAGAGGGAGAAGCAGUGGCUGAAGCACCACCACCAUCACCGCCACCUCCUCCGCCACCAGAAGAUGCUGAUGAAAUAUUCAGGAAAAUGAAGGAAACUGGACUGAUCCCAAAUGCAGUAGCAAUGCUUCAUGGUUUGUGCAGUGAUGGAUUGGUUCAAGAAGCAAUGAAGCUGUUUGGUUUAAUGCGUGAAAGAGGAUCUAUUCCUGAGGUGGUUGUAUACACAGCAGUUGUGGAAGGCUUCUGCAAGUCUCAGAAACCCGAUGAAGCCAUGAGAAUUUUCAAGAAAAUGCAGAACAAUGGUAUUGUACCCAAUGCAUUUAGUUAUGGAGUCCUGGUUCAAGGUUUAUAUAAAGGGAAAAGGUUAGAUGAAGCUCUUGAAUUUUGUGUGGAGAUGGUGGAGGCUGGUCAUUCACCUAACUUGGCUACAUUUACGGGUUUGGUAAACGGGUUUUGUAGGGAAAGGGGUUUGGAAGCUGCUGAAACCAUGAUUAAUAAUUUGAAAGAGAAAGGGUUUGGAUUUGAUGAGAAAGCUGUAAGAGAGUUCAUGGAGAAGAAAGGCCCAUUCUUGCCUUUGGUUUGGGAGGCAAUCCUUGGAAAGAAAAGUUCACAAAUGUUCUAAUCUUAGCUAUUGUUGUCAAAACUUCUACAAAGUUGCUUCAGCAAGAAGUUUGUGGUUUCUUAUUCCUGAACUUGUUAUUUAUGCAUCAGUGCAAGAGUAGUUGAUUAGUUGAUAUUGAAAACUGAAUCUUGAUUAUAAUACAUAGAGUUAGCUUAAGAAACUUGAUAAUGGUGAAGUUGUAAGCUGAUAAGCUAUCCUUGUGGCCUUGUGGCUAUGGAGGUUACCAACUUUAGACCAUUAGUUGUCACAUGGGGAUUUGUGGAGCUUUUUUUGGGAUUUUUAGUCUAAUCAGGAUUUCCAAAAAAAUUCAGAUUGGACUGUUUUCGGGUCAGGCAUGUCCCUAAAAUUUCGGUCUAACUGGGCUUCAGGCUCACUAGGACCGAGGCUGGACCAGCUUUCGGACUUGAGCUUUUUGUGCAUCUCUACCUUGAAUGCAUGAAAACCGUUCGAAAAUUUUGAUAUGGUCAUAUGAACGUUAGAGAAUAUUUUCUUUAAAUUUGAACAUUGGAUACGUUCCGAUUUCCGAUGAGUAUUUUGGGAAAAAGAUGUAUAACUUUGGAGUAAAUUUUUUAAUAAUUGCACAAUUAGAUUUAGAGCAUAUAUUUGAUGUAUUUAACU